AUAGCUGUGUACCAAGCAUUUCCCGCCAAGUUUAACCAGGGAACGGGGAUUGGGGUUAAGCUAGUUUUGUCUUGUCACAAUUUGUGCUUGUUUUCAGCCCUUUUUUUGAAGAUUUCUUCAGCUUUUACUAUGAUUGGUGAAUAUGCCCCUGACAGUGGAGUAGGAUCAAAAAAGAGGUCUCUUACUUCCCCUGGCAACGUUGCGACGUCUGAAGGUCCCAUAAUGAGUCCCCCAACGAAGAAGUUGAAACAAGCUCGACUUCCCUUCAAAGUCAUUUCAUCCCCUUCUCCGAACCAAUGCGACAAGCCUUCAGUGACUGCCAGCCCCCUCCCAUCCAAGAAACGGAAGUUGUCCGGCACUGAUAGAUCUCAAACUCCUAACCACCCGACCAAAGUCAAGAGCACUGAUGCCAAGUUGAGCGCCAAGAAACCAGCUGACAAUCCCGCCAAGAAGUUCUUCGUCAAGAAAGUUUUGUCCUCCCCCGUUCCCCCUAAGAAUCCACGGAUUGAAACAAUCGAUUUGGAUCCGGAGGUGAGCUCGAGUUGUGAAGAUCAGGAAUCGAACAAGCCUACCUCGUCUUCGGCGACUCCGAAGAGAUCCCUCGCCUCCAAACCGAAAUCCUUGGAUAGCUUUCUUCAGACCACUCAGCAACCUCAGGUAUCGACGUCCGAUGAUGUCUUUGAUCUCUCAGAUGACGACAUUUUGGUUAUCAUCGAGGAGGAGCUGUCAAGCAAGGAGAACCAUGACGGUCUCUCGGCAACAGAAACUAUGGUCGCGGAUGUUGAGUCUUCUCGUCAAAGUAGCCAGGCGGCUACUCCUAGUCAGAAGUCAUCAAGGAGUACUGCUUCCGAGACAGAGAAAACAUCUGAUGACAAAGAGUCUAAGCUCAAGAAGGAAGCACCCUUGUCUGAGAUGGAUGUUAGUAUGACGUGUCUCGAUGAUUCUGCAACAGCGAGUAAACUCAGCUAUGAUGCGGAUUCUGAAGAUGGUAACGAUGAUGAGGAGGCAAGAACCGUCAAGUCAUCUGAGGGGUCGAGCGAGGCCGAGAGCUCCACUGGUGGUUCGACAACCAACGCUGGGCCUGCUACGCCAAAAGGAGUUGGAAAACCUGUCAAGAAGACUCCACUUUCUGCCAAAGCUCUGAAGAAACUGGAAGAAAAGGAACAGUUGAGAGAAGAAAAGAUAAAAUCACGCAUGGAGAAAAAACGCAAACUUCAAGAAGAGGAGGCGGAACGGAAACGACAGAAGAUGAACCUGAAGAAGGAGAAGGAGCAAGAACGAGAUGAGGCGAGGAAACAGAAGGAGAUGGAGAAAGACGUCAAGAGGAAAGAACGACAACAGAAGAAAGAAGAAGAUGAGAAAGAAAAGGAGCAGAGGAGGAUGGCUAAGGAAGAGGAACGCAAGAAGAAACAAGAAAAUAUGGAUGCCAAGAUGGAGGAGAAACGCAAGAAGAACGAGGAACGCCAACGACAAGAAGAAGAAAAGCAAAAACAGGAAGAUGAAAAGCGUGAGAAAGAGGCGAGACAGAAGAACUUCUUCAAGAGUUUCUUCAAGGAGGCGGUCGUACCAGUCAAGAAGCCACAGGAGAAAUCUUGUGGAUGGUUUGCUCCGUUCCAAGUCAAGGACGACAUGGUCUUGGCUCCUGUCCGCCGGUGCCAGAAACUUCCUGAGGUUUUGGAAGAAUUUGACACUGCAUUUGAAAACCAGAAUUUGAGUUCACUAUACUUGGAUGGACUGAAGAGCAAGACUUACGUCGUCGGGAAGGCAGGUCGAACACCUCAAGGUGAAAGUGAGGCACAGGAGUCUAGCAGUCGGAUAGGCACACCGUCGGUGGAGAAGAUGCAGCCAGACGGUGAUUCUCAAGAUGUUCAGCUGGUAUCUGAGACACCAGCUAAGCCAGCCAAGAAGCUCGUCAGGAUGAAAUGCAAACUGCUCCAGUUUCAUGAGAACUAUCGGCCUGCUUACUACGGCACCUGGAGACGGAAGAGUCCAAUGAUUAACCCUCGCAACUAUCUCAAGAAAGAUGAAGAUUUGUUGGAUUAUGAAGUGGACAGCGAUGAUGAAUGGGAGGAGCCUGGUGAGAGUCUGUCACACUCGGAGGGGGAAGAUGACGGUGAGGAGGUUGACGAUGGGGGGGAUUCCGACGAUGGAUUCUUUGUUCCUCAUGGCUACCUCUCGGAGAGCGAAGGAUGCGAAGAUGAAGAGGAAGCCGAGAACUGGAAAGAGCGACGAGCAGCCAAGGCUAAAUCCUGGGAGGUCGAGCUGAAACGACAACAGGGAGUCCUGAAAGCAGUCCUGAUUGGCUGUAUCUGGGCAACCGGCGCUCAACAAUCGACCAGUAAGAUGCUAGAUGCUUACAAGGCUGUUGCCUUGACGACCGUUCCUAUAGAUACGAGAUCGAAGAAGCAGGUAGCAGCAGCCAAUGUGACGCACUCGGCCGAGGAGUCAUCGAAGACGUCGGUGCAUCCGAAGGGACCGUGGAGUGAUAUAGGAGCUUCACUGAAACGACCCGUCCCAGCAGAAGCCAUGCCGGAUCUGAUUCGCCUUGUUCACGGCAACACAGCGGGGAUCAAGACGCUACAACGAGAAUUCCGCGAGUACUGGCGUCUGAAGGACCUGAGCAAGAAAUCUGGGCAAACCACUCCCAGGCCAGAGACACCCACGACAGCUGAAGCUAGCCAAUCAGUGCAGACUUCGUCGGAAGAACCACGGAUUGUUGGGACCGAGUCGCCACUCCCUGGACCCACAGGUGGUGAAGUUAAGACACCUGUUCUUAACGAGCUCAACCCUGGUAUGAAAUCCCCCAGCGUGCAAACACAAGGCAGAGAAGCUACCCCUGUUAGCGAUGGCGGUACACCCGAGGUAACACAUGCUGGUCAAUCGUCACCAGCUAACCCAACCGGUGACUCCAUCGAGUGCUCGAUCUCCAAGCGUCAGCUGAUGAUCACCAUCAACGACAUCGCAGUGCGCGAGAAACGUCCGCAGUUCCCCCGCACCUGCUGGUACGUCCACCAGCGCGUGUUGGAAAAGUACAACCAGCAGAAUCUGCCGAUUCCGUGCCAGUGGCAGAACAUCACCAAACCGCAGAAGACGCUGCGCGCGGAGAGCCCCCUCGUUGGUCAUUCCUUGCCAGCGUAUGGUACCCAGACACCUGUGCCAACGCAAGGUGGUUACACAGCGGUGAUGAUACAGCAGAAUCCAAUGCUAGUUGGCAGUGGGCACCAGCCUGCAAUUUAUGUAUCAAACUCUUCGAUGCAUUUACCGCAACCGUCAGGAACAAAUCAAGGUAAUACGAUCCCGCCACGUACUACGGCGUCCGGUCUAAACCCCCUUGCUGUGCUGAACCCUCAUGCCUCCGUGCUUCAGCCUAGCAGUGUAGCCCUACCCUUUCAGCUUCAAGUCGCUAACGGCAUGUCCGCAUCCGAAAUCAUGCAGAGGUUAUCGGCGACGGUUCCCAUCCAGCAGAAUCAGUCUCCUCCCACGCUCUCUGCCAACCCUGCCCACGUGUUCAACCCCAUCACGCCAGGCCAGAUGCAUUAUUUGAACAUGCUACCUAAACCCACAGUGGUUCCAAGUCCGCAGACGGUCAGAAUCACAGCGUCCCAGAUAAACAAAGCCGCAACGAGUUAUGCUGUUAAAGUCCCACGUACAAGCCCUAAUGAUAUCAAAGCUAUGCUGUCUAGCCAAGCAGCUAAACCGACAGCUAGUCCUACAAAUGUCAAGUCUGAUUCCAAAUCUUCAACCGCAGUAUCGGAGGCAGCACCCGCACUGUCCCCUGGCCACACCCAAGAGGUAUCAGCCGUACCUCCGGCACAGAAACCCGGCGUCAAAACCUUGAAGAGUUUCUUCAACGUUAAACCCGUCCCUAAAUCACAACUGGACCAAACUGAAACCUCCAAUUCCUUCAGCGAGUCUAAGAUGAAGAAAGGUCCGGAAGAAAUGAAGGAUGCAUCAGAAAGCAAUGAUGCAGUUCAUCCAGUAGUUGCUGAUGACAAAGAGAAGACUCAAAGUUGCAUUGAUGUUGGAAAAGAAAUGGUACAAAAAAAGGUGGAAGAAAUGGAAGUGAUUGAAAUAAACUAAUAAUUUGCUGAAAUGUAAUUUAUUUACUGAUGUUCAGUUAGUAAAUUACCCAAAAAAAUUUGUCUGUUGUGAAAAAAAAAAUGAAUCGUGAAAUUAAUUUCUUCAAAGGCCCAUUUAUUGGCGAUUUUAUCCCAAGAAAAAAUGAAAGCCAAUAUGUCUGGGAAAAGGUUUAGUUUUACAAGUUCAAAUCUUCCUGAGAGUUAUCAGAAAAAUCAAACUUGUAGCUUGUCGUUCUCAGUAAUCUGACUUUCCGGAUAUACAGUGCGCAAACAGUGGAGAAAAUUCACUUGAAAUGUGGUUUGUUGUAAAAGACAAAGUGUGUUUAGUCGAUUGCACAAGUUUCAUGGACAUCCAAGACAAAUUUUUCAAGCUCAUUUAAUAUCAAAUGAGAAAUCAUGGUUUUAUUUAAUGGCAAUUGAUCACUAUUUUACAAAAUAAUUCCCUUUUUUUUUUCGGCCAUCUUUUUUUUUAGGUAUAUUUGUUGCCCAAGACGGACUAGUUAUUGAGUAGAUUUUUGGUUUUUUUUUUUUUUUUUUUUUUUUUGCAAAACUCAAAUUUGUUAUGAGUGUUUAUAUUUCAUUUCUGCUGAGUGUUAUGCAUAACCAGGGAUGUUGUAUGAAGUAUUUGCUUAGUUUAGUUAGAAUUUGUUUUAGAAAGAUGUUGUUACAUAUAGACUAGCCUUACAUGUUUGCAUACUUUAUUUUAUUUAACUGUACAUUUUGUUAAGGCAGAUUUGUGUAAAAACAAAAUUGAUGGAAAUUUGGUAAAAGAGUUUUCAUGAUCAAUAAAUUAGGAAAUAAAAUACAUAACUAAAACAAAAUAUUUCUUGACUUAAACACUAUACAUGUAUAACAGUAAUUAAAUACAAGAAAAAAGCUACUUUCGUGUUUUUCUCUGGGAAAAAAAUUGCUGUCAUAUAAUAGAUGAUUCGGAGUUACAUUAAGAUACACAGGAAGUUUAUUUUUAUGUACUUUUUGAGUUUCUUUUCAUUUUUUCUUGCACGAUAUUUAUACAAAGAUUUUACAUAUGUUAUCCUCUUUCUUUGUAAACCAUAAUGUACCAAAGAUCAUGUGGAAAAUACUAGUGCAGGGUAAGUGUCUUGAGUACUCAUGAGUAGUGUUUGCUACUCGUGGUUUUUCAUCUACUCAAGUACUCUUCCUGGCGUGAGUUGAAUUAGCUACUCACGAGUAGCAAUUGUUUUUUACAAGUGCUGACUUAGAAAAAAGUAACCACUAAUCGGUUUCUGCACCAAACUUGUCUUUUGUCUUAAUACGUCCCCCGCAAUAAAGGAAUCACUACCUCCAUCUGUUUCCUUGGGAUUCCACUAGCACUUCCAACAAAUAAAUUAUCAAGUAAAAUACGCCAACAUUUUGCAGAGUAAGGAUAUCUCAGUGCUGAAGAAUGUGGCAUUUCUUGCACGCUGUUUAAUUAUUCGUAGUUGCGUCCUCAGUAAUGUUAUGCCAUUUUUCUGUUUUGAUGGAAAUUUAGUAAACUACUCAUGAGUGCUCAAGUACUCGCGAGUAAUUUCUCUGCGAGAAGCAAGUACUCGAGUAGGAAAAUCCAAUACUCGCCCAGACCUACAGCAUACCAUUUAAAAAACAGUGCAUCAAUUUUCUUUAUACAGAGAUAAAAAACUCGCAAGUUCAUCUAUCAUUAAUUUCAUUCAUUAAAUGGCGUACUGCAGCAAAUAAUCCAAAAUGUUAUGUGAUAUUUGAACUUACAACCGAAGUGUUUCAUCUUGAGAUAAAAAAAAUGGUUUACAUGUUUUUAGACAUUGAUAGGUGAAAAGAGGUAUAAAAGGCCAGCUUAACAUUAAUGAUAUUUGUACAUAGUAAUAUGUAGAAUUAAAAUGUAGCAUUUAUUCAAAUAUUCAAGUGAUGUCCUGAAGUAUAUGUUCAAUUUGUGGAGAAGAGAAGGUCUUCAAGCACUUGUUGUUCGUGACCAAGUUGAAAUGAUAAACAUUGUACAUCGCCUCGAAUGAGCAUUUAAUAACUUUCUAGCUAUCUUGAGAUGAACAGGCAACUUUUAAGACUACAAAUACUGACAUUGUGAUUAUAUAACAACUGAAUAAAAGUGGAAACAAAACCUAUGUUGACAGCCAAAAAAAAAAA